AUGGGGAUGACUUGCAAAGUUGGGGGUCUGGGGUUGGUGUCUGUGCUCGGGAUGGUUCUUCUCAACCCGUCAGGCUCCUCACUUCCCCUUGCUGGGACUUACGGUUCGGACAACGGCGAAGAAGGAGAAAACCAGACCAACUUGAAUAUAGUCUGUGACCAAUCUUCCAUCUCUAACCGGGUGAUCGGGGGUGAGGAUGCCAAGGUUGGAGAAUGGCCCUGGCAGAUCAGCCUCUUUCGGGGUGACUUUCAUUACUGUGGAGGCAGCCUGCUCACCAGCUCCUGGGUCCUCACUGCCGCCCACUGCGUAUUCCGGCAGAAACCUUCCGGUUUUUCUGUGAUCCUGGGUACAAACACUCUGGAUCCCAUCAGCUCCGAUGGCAUCACCCGCCAAGUGAAACAGAUCAUAGCGCACCCAGGGUUCAGGGGUAACAUCGAAGACAGCAGCGACGUGGCCCUGUUGGAACUCUCGGAACCAGUGCCCUUCACGGAGAAGAUUCGGCCCAUCUGCAUCGCUGACAAUUCCUCCCGGCCCGCCUCCGGCACGCCCUGCUGGUUGACCGCGUUUCUGCCACCUCCCAAGGCUCUCCAGAAGGUCGAAGUACCUCUCAUCCAUCGUGAAUCCUGUGACAACCUCUACCAUCAACCCGAUCAGCCUUCUCCCACCAGCCCCUCCCCACAGGAUGACAAUGAGCUCCCAGAGGGGCCCUCCAUCUUGGAGGGCAUGAUCUGUGCCGGCUACCCAGAGGGCAAGCGGGAUCACUGCAAUGGUGACUCUGGUGGCCCUCUUUCCUGCCCAGUGAAUGGAGUUUGGGUGCUGACCGGCGUGGUAAGUUGGGGGGUGGCCUGCGGCUCCCCCAACCACCCUGGAGUCUAUGCCGACGUGGCCACUUACUCCUCCUGGAUUGUCGAGAACAUUUCUCAAGGGAAUGGAAACUAA